AUGACUAACCCCUCUAUCCAGCCGAGUGUCGAUUCGCUAGGAAACAUCGGGCGACCUGGCUCAUUGUUUCAGCAAAUUCUCGACGAGAUCCAUGGGAGGGACACUGCGACUGCCCUCUGCAACAGAAGCACACCGCAAGCUACUCCAAAGUUACCACCUACUCCUCAUGCCAUUGGCAGACGAACCUCUUCGGUGUGGAUUGGCGGGACUUCCAUCGCUCAAGAAGCGCGCGAGAAACUGCGAGCCGUUGAUCAAGCGCGGUACAAGACUGCCAUUCAUGGAACCGAUGGUACACCGUCCGACUACAGCCUGUCUCUACGCUCGCUCAGUUUGCCUAUUUGUUCCACUUCUUCAUCAUCUGAAAAAAUCGUCGAGGGCCCAGGCCACAGCGAAUCGGAGGACUUAGACUCCUCUGAAACCACACUCUCAAGACCAUGUAUACGCCGUGUGGUUUCCAGCGGCCUAGAGCCACCAAGUCUGCGGGCUACAGUUGGUGGGCUACGUCUACCGAGUUCGAAUUUCGUUACACAACGCUUGUGCUCUAGCGACCAUGCGGAGGUACCCAAAUCUCCGCUCAUGUUCUGUGACAUCGAUUCAGAUGUCUCAUCCAGCCCGUCACCUACCGAGGCACCAACAUCGGCAGUGACUGUGGGUUCAACCGAAGCGACGACUGUGUCGGACGGACAUUCGUCAUCUCGCAACAACUCAAGACCCAACAGCCCUCGCAAAAGAGUGCGCAGUCGACAUGCGUCACCUGAUAUGAUGUCGAAGAAAAUUCGCACGAUGCCUUUCCAUGAAGCCCGGGGCUCUACAACUAUGCGAUCGAAAAGAUCUACUUUCUCUACGUUGGGAGCCGUAGGCGGUGGUGAUAGGUCCCUAGUCCGGAGCUCGACCUUCAUCGAGAGAACUCCCACGCCUCCAGAAACAAUUAGCCCCAUCGAGGAGCACGCUCUGCCCAAUCUUGCCUCCUUUAGGCCCAAAGUCGCAAGUCCUCGGUAUUCAACACAACCCUCAACACCAGUACGUGUUCCAGCACGUAGAGCUACGAUGCCAGAGCAAGAUGGGAGUCCUCCCACUGCCGAAACACCUAGUUUCGCAAGAGCCUUGCAUCUCAUCGACUCCGAUAUCUCUAUCUACAAGAAUGACCACGGUGAAGAGUGGAGGGAGAACUCGCUUUGUCGACACUGCUUUCGGCAACAUGGCAGCUUCAACAGGAUACUUACGCAUGGCUAUGAGGUGUGCGGACGCGAGGAGAUGUUGAAUAGCCACUAUUGGGAGCCGGCUCACAAUCCUUAA